AUGGCGAAAGUGAUCGCCCUGUACUUCUCGGCGAUGUGGUGUCCGUCAUGUCGUCAGUUCACUCCUAAGCUCGCUAGGUUUUACAAAACAUUGAAAGAAUCAGGCAAGAAUUUGGAGAUUGUUCUUGUGUCACGAGAUCGCGAGGAUGAAGACCUGAAGGAAUACCUAACGGAGCACUGCGGUGGCUGGCUGGCAAUUCCUUUUGGCGACGAGAGAAUUCAGGAAUUUCUGGCUAAAUAUGAAGUGCCAACGAUUCCUGCGCUGAAGGUGCUGAAUCCCGAUGGCUCCAUUCUAAUCGCAGACGCUCGGAAUCAAGUUCAGGAGAAGGGACGCGACAAUCCAGUUGAGCUCUUUGAUGAGUGGCAAGAGAAACUCAAAGGAUAA